UCGUUAUAACAACGUGCAUGACAAAAGUGGCCAAUCUUAAAAUUGUCUUUCGUUUAUUGUUGCCUUCCAAAAGUCUUGAGGUGUGUGCAAAUAGAUAGGAAUCAACAAAAAAGGAAAUCACGGAUAAAAAGAAAACUUUGUUGCAGGACAAUGAGAUCAACUUCUACAAGAACAAUUUACCUAAGACCAACACAUUUUUCUCAUUUGUGAGCUGGUUUUGAGAGCCAAAACGGAGUGCAGACGUCGGUUACCAUGGCGAUUAUGUUACUUCUGUUGUUGCUGCACGCAACGCUAAGUUUUGCUGGUACAACAACGGAACAGGAUCGCCAGUUGUACGUCAAUGGCGACUUGAAGCAGGUGUCUCAGCCACUACCAGUCGUGGUUCAAACCGACAGCACCAGCAGUGGAGAUAGUGAACGGCAUUUCUGGCACUGGAUACACAAACAACAAAAGCAAUCGGAGAUACGCCAUCAGAAAAGCAGACGAUCCAGAAGGUGGAAAGAAGUGGCAAACGGAGAAGAAGACGAUAUUAACCAUCCAGCCAUGUUGGAGAAAGAUGAAAUGACCCAUUCCCCGCCGAUGUUAGAAAAUCGAUCUACUCACGACGAUGAAAGUCAUGACGAAGAGGCACAUAACGGCAUUCAUGUGGCUAGUUGGCGGUGGGACGAAAUUGGAAUCUACAUCACGUUCACCACUUUCAUCAUUGUGGCCGGUUUGGCCAAAGUGGCUUUUCAUCACGCACAUGUCAUCUCUUCAAGAAUCCCCGAGUCGUGCUUGCUGAUUCUUCUCGGGACAGCUGUCGGCGGAAUUCUCUAUGCUGCCGGAGUUGGCUUGUGUGAAGGAGUGAGGGGCGCAACUCGAAUCCCAGGCUGUAACCCAGUUUCCAAUUCGGACAGCGACGAAGCUUUCAGGUUCCCAACAUUCACGCCAAAACUCUUCUUCUUGAUUCUACUACCACCUAUCAUUCUGGAGUCGUCCUAUUCGCUGUACGACCGAGCCUUUGCCGACAAUAUUGGGACUGUCCUCUUCUACGCGGUGAUUGGCACCAUCUUUAAUACCUUCCUAAUUGGAUUCUCGUUACUCGGACUGGUGACCAUUGGUUGGAUCGGAGCUGUCCGCGUACCCGAAGAAAGUAAUGUUGAGUGGUGGGCGGGUCCGUUUUACACGUUACAGGCCACCGACUGCCUGGUCUUUUCGUCUCUCAUCUCAGCCGUUGAUCCCGUGGCUGUUCUGGCCAUUUUUCAAGAAGUUGGCAUCAAUAAAGAUCUUUACUUCCUCGUCUUUGGCGAGUCCUUGCUUAACGAUGCUGUGACCGUCGUCCUCUAUUCGAUGAUGGUGGCCUUCGCUCAAAUGGAAGGCAAUGUCGCUGGAGGACAGUACGCCCUCGGCAUCGUCUCUUUCUUCACCAUAAGUCUUGGCGGACUUGGUAUCGGCAUUCUCUGCGGACUGCUGACGGCGCUCAUUACCCGUACCACGUCUGAAGUUCGGGUUGUUGAACCUUUGGCUGUACUAGGAAUGGCCUAUUUCUCUUACCUAUGCGCAGAAUUGUUCCAUUUUUCGGGUAUCAUCAGCUGUAUCGGAUGCGGCCUUGUUCAAGCCCAUUACGCCUUCGCGAAUGUCUCGCACAAAUCUUACACGACCGUCAAGUAUUUCAUCAAAAUGCUCAGCUCUACCAGCGACGCCAUCAUCUUCCUAUUUUUGGGCAUGGUGCUGGUCAAUGACGUUCACGAAUGGCACACUGGUUUUGUCCUAUGGACUCUCCUUUUGUGCCUCGUUGUCCGAUUCUUCGGCGUGUUUAUCCUGACUGCCAUUGCCAAUCGAUUCCGGCUCAAGCCAGUCAACUUGCAAGAGCAAUUUAUCAUGGCUUACGGAGGAUUGCGAGGAGCUGUCAGCUUCUCUUUGGUGGAGAUGCUUCUGCCUAGCGUCAUCAAACCACGUCAGAUGUUUGUCACAACCACGUUAGCUGUUAUUCUCUUUACUGUCUUCAUACAAGGCGGGACCAUUAAGCUCUUCGUACGGCUUCUUCACAUUCAAAAAGAUAGCAAAACUGUCAAGUAUCUAAUGAACGAAAUGAAUGAAACGAUGUUUGAUCACUUGUGCGCCGGAAUUGAGGAGAUCUGUGGUCAUCGUGGCAAUAAUUUUUUCAGGGAGAAAAUUGAGCACAUUGACGAGUUAUAUCUGCGACCUAUCUUCACGCGGAGCACGGACAAGAACAGUUUACAGCGCUUGUUCGAAAAGUUGACUCUAUCGGAACAUGCGGCAAACAUGUACGCUGGAACUGGUGAACAUACAGGUUUUACUCCGAUUGCCAGUACGGCCAAAAUUGAGGAACCAGCAGAGGAGGUUGCUCCGGCGGAGAAAGGACCAACACCUCCUUUGCCAAUUAGUGGAGAUGGAGAAGUUUCGCCGUUACUGGUUCAGUCGCCAUUACCUGGUCAAGUAGCGAACCAAUUCAAAAAGCCAAUGAGAGGUAAAUACCCGUUGGUGCGGCAAAGCAGCGCACCACCCGGCAGCAUGCUGCCUGCUCGGUCUUCCACCCUAGGGUUUUACAAUCCGAUGCGGCCCUACAACGAAAACGUGCCCGGAUUGCCAGAGUUCCCUGAUGUUCAGUUGCGCAUUAAGGGCAUUAAGGGAAGACAAUCAAGACCGAACAGCGGUGAAUCGACCAACAGCGGUUCCCUCGAUCCAGAUGCGACUGCUCACGCAUUCCGCAAAGCUCUUCGCACUACUAGCAGUAAUCAAUACAAACGCGUCUACCAGAAACACAAUCGAAAUCUGAUUGGAGAUGACGAUUUACCAGAAAUCGAAAUGGCUUUACGACGACGAUUAUCUAGCGUGUCGAGCCCUAUGCCAACUGGAGGACGUUUCCCCCAGGCAGUUUCUUCCGUUUUCAAUUCCCCGCUGUCCAGCCCAGAAUCACCGAAUUCACCAAAGUCAAUAAGCAACGCCGGUGGCAACCCAACGUCGAGUUUCGACAGCGGAACCUGUUUUCCAUUCUCAGUGAGUGGAGAGACAGCAGUGCGGCCGCAAGGGGCCAGAAGGGAGAACCGACGAUCCACAUCGCCGACCAGAAAUAGCCAACAACAGCCGUCCGAAUAUGCCAUUGAAAACGAAAGGUCCUCAGUCAGUGGCUUAAGCAAGCGACCGAGAUUAGAAAAUCUGAGGCCUUCGGGCUUUGCUCCAUUGCGAGUCAUCGCCGAGCGCGAUGGAGAGCACAGUGCGUCCAGUUUGAAGAUCCAGGACAUUGAAAAUGGCGAAGACGGACAUCCUCUAGAUACGAGCAAAAGUAGCCGUCCUGAUCGACCGGGUGCUAGCAGAGAAACCGGAGUGUAGGACUAUAAUUUGUCUUUCCAAAUGGGAUUUCACGCGUUGAAAAAUCAAUAAUACGAUAUAAAAUAUCUACAAACUCUUCCUUAUUGAUAUGCCAUUUUAUGAAGUGCAUUUAUUUUUUAGGUCUAGGUAUUAGAGCCGUCUACGCCAAUAAAAGAAAUUUUACAGUAUAUACAAGUUUUUCACGGUACACUUGUAUCGAGGUAAUCUUAUCUUGUUCAUUAUACGGUUGACAUUACUGCACUUUUUGGGCUGGUGGGAUAAAAGACACCGCCGAUACAGCACAUCACGUUGAAUUUUUGGUUAUGAAAGAUACUUAUGGUUAUACGGUUUAUUUUGUUAUGUUUGUUUUUUUUCUAUAUGAAACAGCGCCAUACCAGGAACAUGCCUCACCACCGUUAUUUGAUUUUCCUGUAAAUUGCAUUAUGGUUGUUAAUUCUUUUCUAGAGAAUAAAUAAUCCAGUGAGAUGACGUCGAAAAUAAACAGUCGUCAUAUCAGGAG